UUCUUUUCUAGAAGAAUUGAUCUGAUACGUUACAUAGCAAACGGGUGGAAAAAAAAGUCAAAGAAUGGAAUAAGUUGUGACCCUCGACUCUCGAUGUCUGCGAGAAGCUCCUGCAAUGGAAGCAGGCGGCGACAGGCGAGGAGACUAAGAAAGGGUGUCCGGCGCGCUGUUAUCUCUGCUUCUACUGGCGCAAUGAAUUCUGCUGCCUAA